AUGAGUUUAUUGAAUAUUUUGCAAUACCCCGACCCGCGCCUUAGAACGGUGGCCGCGGAAGUUACUCAAUUUGGUCCGGACCUUGUUCGCUUUGCCGACGAUCUGCUGGAAACCAUGUAUGCCGCGCCGGGUAUAGGCCUUGCUGCAACCCAGGUUGAUGUCCAUGAGCGGAUUAUCGCAGUGGACGUGUCUGAUAACGCCGAUGCACCCCACAUACUGGUUAACCCACAGUUCACCGUACACGGCGCCCUGCUUGAAACCGAAGAAGGCUGCUUAUCGGUGCCCGGUUUCUAUGAGCCGGUGAGUCGCGCAGAGCGCAUCAGCGUGACAGCCCAGACACCUACAGGUGAAGUGUUCAGCAUGGAGGCAGAGGGAUUGCUGGCGGUCUGCAUCCAGCAUGAGUGUGAUCAUCUGGCGGGCAAACUGUUCGUCGACUACAUCUCGAACUUGAAGCGAAACCGUAUUCGCAAAAAGCUUGAGCGACAACAGAAACAACGCAGCCCGGAAUUUGCUGCCCGCAUCUUGCAACGCCUGAUUAAUUCGCCCUUCAAACCCACUGCGGUAUUCACCCAGCCGGCGUUGCUUGAAAACCAGCAGGCUGACGUUUUUAUCGUUGCCGCAUACGGGUUGAUUCUGCCUCAAGCCGUACUUGAUAUACCGAAGUUCGGCUGUCUUAACGUACACGCAUCACUACUACCACGCUGGCGCGGCGCAGCACCUAUCGAACGGGCCAUCAUGGCGGGCGAUGAGCAAACCGGGGUGUGCAUCAUGGCAAUGGAAGCAGGUUUGGAUACCGGACCCGUGUUUGCCCAGGUAGAAGUACCCAUAGGUGCAACAGCCACAGCAACUCAGCUUACCGAAAAGCUGGCUGACACCGGCGGUGAACUUCUAAUCGAAGUGCUGACCACAAUCGCCACAUCCAAAGCAGAAAAGCGCAAACUACCCGCCCCUAGAGCGCAGGAUGAAACUCUGGCCACUUACGCACACAAACUGGAAGCUUCGGAUCGAAAUAUCGAUUGGAGCGAAUCAGCCAAAUCCAUUGCAGAUAAAAUCCGUGGCCUGGCCGGACGCAUGCCGGUGCGCGGCAUGCUCGGCGAUGCACACGUUCAGAUAUUGGAAGCACGGCCGAUUGAGCAACACCUUCCGGGUGUGGAAGCCACCCCAGCAGGCACAUUAGUUGAUGUUUCAAAAAGUGGCAUCAUCGUUCAGUGUGCAACGGAUUUGUUGCAAAUCACACGAAUAAAAGUUGAACGAGGCAAAGGCACCGAGCUUGAUCCAGCCGCUGCGAUUAACGGGUACAGUGAGCUGUUUUUCCCCGGCGCACGUUUUGCGAACUGA